AAACAACAUUUGGGGCUCAAGGGUUUUGCAAUCGGUCCUCCAUCUUCUUUGAAGCCCUCACCAAUCGGAAACACACUCCCUUUGUCGCCGUUAUUCCUUCCGUCUGAUCUCCAGCCAAAUAGCUCAUGGACGACUCUAAUGCUAUGAUAAACACCUUUGACGGAGAGACUGACGACGUUGGAACAGACUCACAUCACUUUGAAGACGAUAAGCCCCAACCUGAGACAGGAGAUGGAGCCAGCCCUGGAAAGAUAUUUAUUGGAGGUUUGGCGAGAGAGACAACUCCCGCACAAUUUGUUAAGCAUUUUGGUAAAUAUGGUGAAAUUACGGAUUCUGUUAUAAUGAAGGAUCGGACAACUGGGCAACCCCGUGGAUUUGGGUUCAUCACUUAUGCAGAUUCAUCAGUUGUUGAUAAAGUCAUUGAGGACACACAUAUUAUUAAUGAUAAACAAGUAGAAAUCAAGCGGACUAUACCAAGAGGAACCAUUGGCUCUAAAGAUUUCAAGACGAAGAAGAUUUUUGUGGGUGGUAUUCCAACAACAGUGACCGAAGAUGAGUUGAAAGAUUUCUUUUCCAAAUAUGGAGAGGUCAAGGACCAUCAGAUCAUGCGGGACCAUUCCACCAAUCGUUCUCGUGGCUUUGCAUUUGUUACAUUUGAUAUGGAGCAAUCUGUUGAUGAUCUCUUGGCAACUGGAAAUAGGCUUGAAUUUGGAGGAGCGCAGGUGGAAAUCAAGAAGGCUGAGCCAAAGAAACCAAACCAACCACCUCCACCAUCCAAACGCCAUAGUAAUCCAAAAGCUGCAUAUGGAAGGGGGUUUGGAGAUACUUAUGGUGGAUUCGGUGGUGCUGGCUUUGAUUCUGGUUCUAAUAGGUCCGGUGGGGCCUACGGAGGUAGGGCCAGUGCUUAUGGGGGAUAUGGUGGAAAUGAGUAUGGUGGGUAUGGGGGAUAUGGUGGUGGUAGUUUUGGAGGUUAUAGAGAACCCUCUUUUGGAUUUUCAGGCCGAUAUGGUGGAGGCUUGGGUAGAGGUUACGGCCUAGGUGCUGGUUAUGGUGAGCCUAGUGAGGGCUAUGGAGGAUAUGGUGGUGUUGGCAGUGGAUAUGGGGGUAGCUACGAUGCUGGCCUUGGGGGUGGCUAUGGAGGUAGCAGUGGAGGAUCUUUCUAUGGCAGCAGAGGAGGUUAUGGGGGUGGAAGGAGUGGUCGAUAUCAUCCUUAUGGAAGGUAGAGGAGUGUUGAAGCGGACGAGUCUUCAGGGUUGAGCAGCAAAGGAAGCUUGACUUCCUUUUACACAUCCAGCACUUUUAUUCAUGUGCAAUCCUACACUUUCAGGUACUUCUUUUGAUUUGUUAUGAAGAAAGGGGAUUUUGUAUCCACGGCUUGUUGUCAACCCAAUUAUCUGUGCUUUACAAAGAAGAGACGGAAUAUUAUUGUUCUGUUCAAAUUGACGUGUUAAUUUAGAUGAGCUGAAGAUUAUCUUCAAUUGUAGAAACAAUUGCAGAUGGCUAUAUUCUCAUUUUCUGAUUCUUGUUCAAAUGAAUGUGGUCGCAUACAUUGUGUUUAUGCAUUUAUUUGUAUCGUUUGCAGCUUGACUUGUUUCUCUUUUUGUAAUUUGGCUGGUAAAGAUGUUUCCCUUCUGG